AACAGAUUUGGCAAAGUCAGUGUGGGCCAGUGCUUGUCUUUCCUGCCUUUUCCUAUGAUCUCUUCCUUCCUCUUGUCUGGCUCAAGCUUGGCUUGCUUGCGUAAGGCAACUGAGGUAUUCGUGAAAACAAGAAGAGCCCUGCAGCUGGAAAAGGUUCCAACUUUGCUUCUAGCUUCCCUUUCCUACUCCAGCUCCUCCAGGGGCUGCUCUUCAUGGCAAAGAGUUGCUCUAGGCUCCUUGGUGCUGCUGGCUUUGUCCUGGGAAACUUGCGGGGCUUUUGACCAAUCUCAGAACAGUUUUCUUUUUUGUGAAUGAAUCAAGAGAACUUUAUGGGAGAAUAAACAUCCCUCUGGCUUAGAAUCUGCAUUCUUCCCAAAAUGAAGGAAGGCAUACAGCUCCUGCUCUUGGCCAGCUUUCUCCUCUGUCUCCCAAAAGAGAGCAUCUGUGCUACCCGGAGAUACUACAUCGGGGCUGUCGAGCUGUACUGGGACUACAGGAGAAGUGAGCUGCUCAACACUGUGAGCCUGGAGCGAGGAUUUCCUCCAAGAGUCCCCAAGUCAUUUGCAUCUGAUGGCUCCACUCUGUAUAAAAAGGCUGUGUUUGCAGAAUACACAGAUAGCCGCUUUCUCCAAGCCAAGCCCAGAGCACCGUGGAUGGGUCUCCUGGGUCCCACCAUUCGUGCAGAAGUCUAUGAUACGGUGGUUAUUACACUGAAGAACAUGGCUUCCCAUCCAGUCAGCCUCCAUGCUGUCGGGAUAUCCUACUGGAAGGCCUCAGAGGGGGCCAGGUACAAUGACCAGACCAAUUACAUAGAGAAGCAAGAUGAUAAAGUAGCCCCAGGUGCCAGCUACACGUAUGUCUGGCAUGUCCUGAAAGAGAACAGCCCCAUGGACCAUGACCCACCAUGUCUCACCUACUCCUAUCUCUCCCACGUUGACACUGUGAAGGACCUGAACACAGGCCUGAUUGGGGCUCUGCUGGUCUGUAAAGAAGGAAGUCUGGACAGAGGUGGGACACAGCACUUGCAAGAGUUUGUGCUGCUCUUUGCUGUUUUUGAUGAAGGGAAAAGUUGGCAUUCAGAACCAGAUGGGCCCAAGACAGAGGCUAAGGUGUACCAGUCCAAAAAAUUGUACUCUAAAGUUCACACGAUCAAUGGCUAUGUGAAUGGGUCUUUGCCAGAUCUGCUAGUGUGUCAUAGGAAGUUGGUCCAUUGGCAUGUGAUUGGGAUGGGCACUGCUCCUGAAGUCCACUCAAUUUUUCUGGAAAGCCAUACGUUCCUUGUUAGAAAUCACCGCCUGACCUCUCUGGAGAUCUCUCCAGCCACCUUUCUCACCGCCCAGACAUUGCCUAUGGACACUGGCCGCUUCCUGAUGUUUUGCCAGAUCUCAUCUCACCAACAUGAUGGCAUGGAAGCCUAUGUCCAUGUGGAAGCCUGUCCUGAGGAGCCCCAGGUCCGGAGGGAGAGCACUUCAGAGGAUUACUAUGACGACUAUGAGCAGGACACUGAGGUGUUCUUGUUGGAUGAUGCCAGCGAUUCUCCCUUCCUCCAAGCACGGUCAGUGGCCAAGAAGCACCCCAAAGCCUGGUUUCAUUACAUUGCGGUACAAGAGGCAGACUGGGACUAUGCACCUGCAUCCUUUGUUGACCCCUCAGCCAGAGGUUCCAAAAGUCAUUAUCUGAACAGUCAUCCUCAGUGGAUUGGCAGGAAGUAUAAGAAAGCCCGAUACAUAGCCUACACAGAUGAAACCUUCAAGACUCCUCAGUCUAGUCAACAAGAAUCAGGCAUUUUGGGACCUUUGCUUUAUGGAGAAGUUGGGGACACACUCUUGAUCAUAUUCAAAAACUUAGCAAGCAGACCAUACAACAUAUACCCUCACGGCCUCAUCAGUGUCAGUCCUUUGCACUCAGGGAGACUGCCUAAAGGUGUGAAAGAUGUCAAGGAUGUGCCAAUCAUGCCAGGCCAGACAUUCAAAUAUAAAUGGGAAGUAACUUUGGAGGAUGGGCCAACUCAAGCAGAUCCCAGAUGCCUGACUAGGUACUACUCCAGCUCUGUCAAUGCAGAACGUGACCUGGCUUCGGGCCUCAUUGGGCCCCUCCUCAUAUGCCAUAAAGAAACUGUGGAUCAAAGAGGGAAUCAGAUGAUGUCAGACAAGAGAAAUGUGCUCCUCUUUUCCAUCUUUGAUGAGAACCGCAGCUGGUACUUGCCAGAAAACAUGCAGCGGCUCAUCUUGGAUGCAGCUGAAGUGCACCCCCAGGAUCCUGAGUUCUACGCCUCCAACGUCAUGCACAGUAUCAAUGGCUAUGUGUUCAACAGCUUACACCUGGCUGCCUGCUUGCACGAAGUGGCUUACUGGCACAUACUCAGCGUUGGAGCCCAGACCGAUUUCUUGUCUGUCUUUUUCUCUGGCUAUACCUUCAAGCACAAUAUGGUCUUUGAGGACACACUUACCCUCUUCCCAUUUUCUGGAGACACUGUCUACAUGACCAUGGAUAACCCGGGUACCUGGAUGCUAGGCUGCCACAACCCUGAAUUUAGGAACAGAGGCAUGACAGCCUUGUUGAAGGUUGCAACUUGUGCCAGGAACACUGAGGAUUCUCAGGAAUACUAUGAUGAGCUACCAGCUGACUUGUUGAGGAAAGAUAGCUUCCUGGAGCCCAGAAGCUUAAGGAGCAUUCAGCAUCAGCACCCAUGCCCCAACAAGCUGCCCUCCCCAAGCACCACAGCAUCCAACUCUGACCCUGUGGAAGUUUACUCCCACCUCCAGGAGGAGAGCCAGGGGCCCACAUCACAAAACUUGAUGCCUGGUGAUACACCAGUGCUUUCUAAGCACUGCCUGGCUGACCCAGGUAAUCUAUUCCAACCAGCUCUGGAAGAUACAACCUAUGAACCUCUUCCUAUGAACUAUCUCCCUGGGCCAAGAGAGCAAAGUAGUCAGGGCCCAGGCAGGGUGCAAAAGCUCAGGAAGCCAACUGAAUCCCCUAGUUUAAACCAAACAUUCCAGCACUAUGGGAUUGGGUCACCAAUUCCACUUAUACGGCCUGGCCUCCAUCCCAAAAGCAAUAAGCCCACAUGGGGGCAUUUGCAGGCACUGAUCAGAGUACCCAUGAGGAAGGAGGAUUCUGAGCUUCCCAGGUCCUCAGAGAAUAUAACUCUUUCUCCAGCCCUUUUAGCUUCUAACCUGAUGGCUGCAGCCCUAAGAGAGACUACUUCACAGAUCCCUUUUGUUCAAUGGAAAGAGACAGGGUCCAUGUCAAGACAUCCAGAAACCCUUGGAGGCCCAAAGGGCCCUCCCCUCGCUGAGAAAGCUACACCCAUACAGCUGAGGGACCCUAACCCUGCUGACUCCAAGGCUUUAGAAGUGGCUUCAAAGAAUGACAAAGUAGUUUCCCUAGAAAGCAAAAUGGAUGGAGGAUUCCAAGAAAUGAGUGCUCAAGAAGCCAGAGCAGCUGAAGGAAAGGCCUUCAAAGGGAAUAUUUCUUUGGUCAGAUCAAAUAUGGCAGCUGGUGGCUCUGUAAGCCCUCCCAGGCUCCCUAUGGGUGGGCCAGUGGUACUGUAUGAAAACGGGUUGUUGGUUGGGAAAGAUAUUGUGUCAGUAAAAGAUGCAGAGUCUCAUGAAACACCUUCUCAGGGUAACAGCAGCACUCUCCCAGAUAGGAAUGUAACUGUUCCCAUGCCCCAUCAUCUGCCAGCUGAUGAGAUGGCCCUGAGAAAAGAGCUCAUGGACCCCCCAAGAAAAAUACGCUCUGUCCCACUGGCUAUAGACAGUAUGAAGACUGUAUCAUUUCACCAGGAAGACUCGGCUUUCUUUAGGAAAGUGUCACCACCAGAUUUAGUGAGUGGUAAAAGGGCAAAGGAGAGAAAGGACCCCCAGGCCCCUGAGACAGAGAUUGCCUUGGAGCAUCCCAUGACAACAGUCUUAGCACUUGAGCUUUGGGAUAGGAAGAAUCCCUUCUCAGAAAAGAGUACAGUGGCACCAGCAGAGAAGACAUUUACAAAUGAUCCUGACCUCAGAGGAAUGAGACUUAAGGACAACAGCAAGAAUGUGUGGCCUACUCAGUUAGUCACUAUACAGGGGACUUAUACCCCAAGACAAAGAUCACAGUUUCAAGAAGUGAUAGAAAGAAUGGAAACACCUGACUCAGAGAAUAUAGCCUCACCUCCACCCUACUUGGUGACCCACAGAAAGAAGCUUCUUAAGGCCCUUUUCUUGUCAAGCAUCAAGGAGAACGAUACAUUGGAAGGAGGAAGUGAGAACACACUCAAGCUAGUCUUACCAAACUCCCAACUAUUGACCAAUACGUUAAUUAGUCCAACAAGUGAUGCAGGGCUUCAGAAGACUCAUUUAUUUGCCAGGGGAGGAAUAAUACUUCAAAAGAAUGUGAAGGAAAUAAACUCAGAGAGUCAUACUUUAGACAAUCACAGUGAGCAAAGAGCAGAUAGAGACCCAAGUCCAAGUCAGAAGAGCCCUUCCCAGGGCCUACUGCUGGAAGAGCCUGAAACAGGGAAUGAGUUUGAAGACAAUGCCAAGGCAAUCCAGUGGUCAAAAAUAAGGCAAUUUAUUCUCCAAGGUAACAUGCUCAAGCCAGACUCUAGAGAGGUACAGAAAGCUGCCACUUCCCAUCCUCUCUUGACCUACUGGCCUGGGAGUAGCCAAGGGGCCUCUAGGCCAGAUGAUUCCACAGUAUCUUCUCAAAAGGCUCAGUUAUUUCCGUCCCCAAGCCCUACCCAGUUGGUUCUGUCCUCUUCUUACACUGACUCUUCUCAACUCCAGUCAACAGACCAUAUUAACAACCUCAAGGAAAGAAGCCAUGAAACUCAAGAAGGCAAUUGGGCUAUGUAUGCAAUCAAAGAAAGUAAUGUUACAUUAAACACCCUCAGCCUAGAGCUUUCUGAAGGUCAAGAGGUGGGUAGUGCCCAGGGAGAGAUGACCUCUUUCCAAAGACAUCCUGGUAAGCCUGCACAUCAAGAAGACCUGCCUGACUUAGACAUCAGGUCAGAGAUGCAGGUGGCUCCUCAUUCAAGUAUCACUGACCACCCACAUCACUUAGCAGAGGCCAUUUCUCUUAGAUCUCAGGCAGCUACUGAAUCUAGUAAAGGGAUGAGGUCAGAGGAAGUGGCCUUAAUAAAAGGGGAAGCCAAAGCUUUAGCAAGGCCUUUCCCAAAGGAAAUACAUCCUUUUUUCUGGGCUAGCCAUAUUGCCAACCAGAUGUUCACAGGAGAAGAAUGGAAAUCCCAAGAUCAUCAGCCAGAAGAUCAAGCUUUUCCCAAAACAGAUACUAUUCCCCACCUAAGCCUACUCAAGAGAGAGGAGAAACUAACAGAAGGAACAAGUCAGGAACAAGCUGAGCCCCCUCCCACCUUGGGCCUCAGUUCUUCUGAGAGCCCUCAACAACCAUCUGCACUGAAUUUCCUUCCAGAGGAAACAGUCCCGACUUCUGUCCAGUUAGAGACAGAAAAAGACAGCUAUGAUGACAGCAGCCUGGACAUCCAAGUGGAAGAUUUUGAUAUCUAUGAAGAUAGUGAGAGCCAGGGGCCUCGCAGUUUCCAGAAACGAACUCGCCACUACUUUAUCGCUGCCCAGGAAAAAAUCUGGGACUAUGGGCUGAACAAAUCUCCCCAUUUCCUAGGAGGCCGGGUGCAGAAUGGCAGUGCCUGGAAAUAUAAGAAAGUGGUUUUCCAGGAGUUUGCUGAUCGUUCCUUUAUGGAGCCUCUGGAUCGUGGGGAGCUGACUGAACACCUGGGACUCCUGGGGCCAUAUAUCAGAGCAGAAGUUGAAGACUAUAUUGUGGUCACUUUCAAGAACCAGGCUUCUCGGCCUUAUUCCUUCUAUUCUAGCCUCAUUUCCUAUGAGGAACAUCAGGGGCAAGACAGUGACCUUAGAAAGAAAGAGGUGAAACCUGAAGAGACUAAAACAUAUUCUUGGAAGGUGGAGCCCCAUAUGGCACCUACUGACAAGGAGUUUGACUGUAAGGCCUGGGCUUAUUUCUCUGAUAUUGAUCUGGAAAAAGACCUGCACUCAGGGUUGAUUGGGCCAAUACUGAUCUGUCACCCUAACAAACUGAACCCGUCUCAUGGCAGACAGUUGACCGUCCAGGAAUUUACUCUGUUCUUCACCAUCUUUGAUGAGACCAAGAGCUGGUAUUUCACUGAGAACAUGGAGAGGAACUGCAAGCCUCCAUGCAAGGUCCAGAUGGAUGACUUUGGUUUUCAAAGGAACAACCGCUUCCAUGCAAUCAAUGGUUAUGUGAAGGAUACAUUGCCUGGAUUGGUGAUGGCUCAGCACCAAAGGAUCCGGUGGUAUCUGCUUAGCAUGGGCAGCAAUGAAAAUAUCUACUCUAUUCACUUCAGUGGCCAAGUGUUCACUGUGCGGACAAAGAAAGAAUACAAAAUGGCGGUCUACAAUCUCUAUCCUGGUGUUUUUGAGACAGUAGAAAUGCAGCCAUCUCAAGUAGGACUGUGGCGGGUUGAGUGCAUGAUUGGUGAGCACCAACAGGCUGGGAUGAGCGCCAUCUUACUGGUGUACAACAAGCUUACAUCAGAGGAAAAAAGGGUACAACUGGAAUUUACAACUACCAAAAGAGAAAGGAAUUUACAGCUGCCAAAAUGUAAAGAUUUACAUUUCAAAGAGUGUCAGAAUGCUCUGGGAAUGGCCUCUGGCCAGAUCGCUGAUUCUCAGAUCACAGCUUCUGGACAAUAUGGCCAGUGGGCCCCAAAGCUGGCCAGACUUAAUUCUGCCGGGUCUGUCAAUGCCUGGAGCACCCAGGAUGCCAAUCCUUGGAUUGAGGUUGACCUGUUGGAUCCAAUGAUUAUCCAUGGUAUCAAGACCCAAGGAGCCCGACAAAAAUUCUCCAGCUUGUACAUCUCUCAGUUCACCAUCAGGCACAGCCUUGAUGGACAAACAUGGAAAGAUUACAGAGGAAACUCUACUGGGACCAUGAUGGUCUUCUUUGGGAACGUGGAUGCAUCAGGGAUCAAAGAAAACGUGUUUGACCCUCCCAUCGUUGCCCAGUACAUUCGCCUCCAGCCCUCCCACUUUAGCGUGCGAAGCACUCUUCGAAUGGAGCUGCUUGGCUGUGAGCUCGACAGCUGUAGCCUACCAUUAGGCAUGGAAAAUCGAAGCAUCUCCGAUGCCCAGGUCACAGCUUCAUCCCACAAGACCAAUGUGUUUGCCAACUGGGCCCCUUCCCAAGCUCGACUUAACCUUGAGGGCCGAGCAAAUGCCUGGAGGCCCCGGGACAAUGGGCAGAGGGAAUGGCUGCAGGUGGACUUUUGGAAGCUGAUGAAAGUCACUGGAGUAACAACCCAAGGAGUGAAGUCCAUCCUUACCAGCAUGUAUGUGAAAGAGUUCUUGCUCUCUAGCAGCCAAGAUGGCAAAAAUUGGACCUUUUUUCGUCAGAAUAACAAAGUAAAGAUCUUCAAGGGCAAUCAGGAUUAUUCCAGCCCCGUGGUGAACCCUGUGAGGCCUCCGCUCUUUGCCAGACACCUGAGGAUUCACCCCUGGAGCUGGGCCAACCAUAUUGCUUUGAGAGUGGAGGUUCUGGGUUGUGACACUCAGCAGCUGUACUAA